UAUGUGAAAUAAGGAGAAAGGAAAGAUUCUUCUUCUGGGGUCAAAGGAAAAGCAACAGCACACAUCCAGACAGAAAACCCCCUCAACAGCAGCCCCUCAACACCAGCAGUAACAGCGCCCCCAGGGGAACAACAAGGAGGCGCGGUUCCGUUCAUCAGCGCCAGAUGCCUGCUGCCGUCGCUGGCGCUGUCAAAACUUCUUCUUCAGUUCGUGUUUCGUGUUUCAGUUCCACAAAAACAGCCCAGAGCACCGCACGCGCAAAAGAUUGUUAUUCCAACGAAUAUAAUCGAAACACACAUAAAAGAAUUAAUGGAAUGUAUCUCUGAUCUGUGCAUAAUCAAAGUGAAGUGAUGUGAAGUGGGAGAAGAUAUCGGCAGAUACAUAGAUAGAGAUAGAUCCGUGUAGAUUAUGUCCACUGUCUUUCCGUACAAAGGCAAGAAAACGCGAAAGGUGAGCAGGAACUUCGUGAGCAACGAGAACUGUUGCAGCAACCCCCCACCCGGCCAUCCGGCGGGGCCGUUGGGCAUACGUGACCGCAGGCAGGUGCAACAGCAGCGAGCCGCAGCGGCUCUCGCAGCAGCAGCAGCAGCAGCAACCACAACGGGAAAGAUGCCUCUGUCGCAGGGCUACUGCCUGAAGCCCUCGCUGGCUUCCAAGAAGCGGGUGCUCAAGGUCCUGCGGAAGGAGAACCAACAGCAUGUUUAUGUGCAGGACACGCUGCCGUGCCGCGGCGACAGCCAUCUACAGUGCUACCUCCCGCACGGCGACAGCAAGAACUCCCUCAAUCUGUCAUACCUCCUGGGCGAGUCCUUCGCCAAGGUGGGCAGCCUCUCGAAGGCCUUCGAUGUCUACGAGCUGAUUGCCAGUCGGCAGCUGGACGGCCACGUGCCGCUCGACAAGCUGGGGACCCUGGCCAGCGCCCUGACCAACCACAUCCGCCAGAUGGGCGGCAUUGCCUCGCCCCUGAGCAGCCCCAGUGCCCGGACACAGGGCAUGAUGCCCCCCUGGCUGCACUACCAGCAGAGCGCCAGCGAAGGAACGUCAGCAGGAGGAGGAGGCGCAGCAGGGGAGGGACUGGCGAGCGCCAUGGUACCCAGCCCCGCUCUGUGCGAGGACUAUGAUCCGCUUCUGUGUCCGCUCUGCGGCGACAUCCUCCGCUGUCCGGUGACCACCAAUUGCGGGCACACCUUCUGCCGGCAGUGCUGCGAGACCAUCACCCAGUGCAACAUCUGCCAGGUGAAGUUUCCCCGCGCACAGGACGCCUCUCCGCGCGGCGGAGGAAUGCCCUCCACCUGCGCCCUGACCACCACGACGUCGAGCAGCGCCGGUUCCAGCUUCUACGCGGGAUUCGGUGCCGCGUCCACGCACCAGAGCCAGAGCCUCAGCCUCGCCAGCGCACCCAUGGGCUACGGCCUGCGGAUGGCCAGCCAGAUGGCCGCCGCUCCCAUGACAGUGACCACCACCACAGUGGCCUCCACCACAGCGACAGCCACGACCACCAUGGCCUCCACGUCGGCAGCGGCCGCCGCAGGCAUCAUCAGUGGCUAUGUCUCGGGCGGGGGCUCCUCCUCCGCGAUGAAGUUCAUGCCGGAUGUCCUGGUGCGACGCCUGGUGGAGAAGUGGUGGGGUCCCGAUCUGCAGGCCAAGGAGAUCAGCGAAAAGGCCAGCAGUUGCAUGCACCUCAACCUCCUGGACGAAGCGCUCAAGUUCUGCAAUGCAAGUCUCGACAAAGCACCCACGAACUUGAAGUGCCUCUGUCUGCGAGCGGAAGUGCUCCUCAAGCUGAAUCACUAUCAGAGUUCGCUGGCGGACAUUGAGAAUGCCCUGAGGACGCGCUGCACAUCGCCCAAGGCUCAUUACUUGCGGGCCUUGGCUCUAAGUGGUCUGGGUCGACUGGAGGAUGCCCUGUACAAUGGCUUUUUGGCCAUUUGCCUCGACAAGAAUAAAAAUCUCAGCAACUCGGAAAUAUUUCAACAUGAUCUCGCCAAGAUACUGCAACGUCUCCUGGCCCAAAUGCCCAAGAAUCGAGUGGCGAUCGGUCAGGUGGCGCCGCCGGUGGUCCGCAGCUAUGCCACCAGCAGACCCCCCUAUCCCCUGUUGUGGGAGCAGGUGCGACGCCGCAGGAAACAGCUGCUCCACCAUCACCACCUGCACCACCACCACCAUCAUGUGCAUCUGGACGAUGUGGAGGACGAGUUCGGGCACUACGACAACUACAUUAUGGCUGGGGACGAGAUGGAGGAGGAGGAGGAGGUCGAGGACCCCUCCCUGAUGGAGGCCAGAGAGCCGAGUGCCAUGCACCUGGAUGGAGACUUUCUGUUCCCCAGCGCCCUGGACUUUAUGGACCACCAUCGCCACCAGCGGCAAGUGUACGAGCAGAAGCAGUUCGACCUGCAGCCGCGUCGCCACGGAAACAGGAAGCACUGCAAGCGGAAAUGGUCAGCGGCCAUGGAACCCCUCGGAGGCGAGGCCAAUCAGGAGGAUGGUGUGGAUCAUGUGGAUCACGCGGCAGCGGAGGCGGAAGAGAGUCGCAGGUGUAGUCGACUGCUUGCCAGCGUCCUCGAGCGCACACAACAGGAGCUGCAGCGACUGAAAAAACUCGAAGGAUCGCUGCAGGCGCAGGCGGUCACGGCAGUGGCCGAUCGACUGCUGAUCGAUGCCAGCGACUUUGACUGCGUCCUCUGCGGCCACACGCUGUGGAGGCCGGUGGUGACGCCCUGCGGCCACACCUACUGUCUGGUAUGCUUGGAUCGUUGCAUGGAUUACAAAACCUCCUGUCCAUUGUGCUUGUCGCCACUUGUGGAAUUCAAUGUCAAUGCCAGUGCCAGUGCCAGUGCCAGUAACAAUUCCAGUGCCAAUGCCAGUGCCAGUCAAAGUCAAACUCAAACAUACAGCAAUCUGUAUCAGGGCUCAUCCUCGCCAGUACCCUUUGCGCUGGCCAAGCGGCCAGUGACCAAAUUCCUAGAAGCCGCAAUGAAACGAUUCAUUCCAGACCACUACGAGGCGCGCUUUCGCCAGGAAAUCGACGAGGAGCCCUCGGUGCCGGUCUUCAUCUGCACUGCGGCCUUCCCCUCGGUGCCCUGUCCACUGUUCGUCUGCGAGCCACGCUACCGACUGAUGGUGCGGCGAGCCGUCGAGUCCGGCGACAAGACCUUCGGCAUUGUGCAGCCGAACAGCAGCAAGUCCCGCUACUACGACGUGGGCACCAUCCUGGACAUCCGCGACUGCGUCCAGCUGAGCGACGGCCGCUCGAUCCUCAGCACCAUCGGCUGCAAGCGCUUCAAGAUACUCGCGCGCAACGAGAAGGACGGCUAUGAGACGGCCAAGGUGGAGUACAUCUGCGAUGAGCCCAUUGCCGAGGAGCAGGUCAAGACGCUAGCCAGCAUGCAGGGCCUAGUUCUGGCCAAGGCCAUCGGCUGGUUCGAGAGCCUCAGCACCGAGCAGAAGCACGAGAUCCUUCAGAGCUAUGGCCAGAUGCCAGCCCUGGAGAUGAACUGGGAGCUGAUCAGCGAUGGCCCCGCCUGGGCGUGGUGGAUCAUUGCCCUCCUGCCGCUCUCCCAGCAGCUCAAGGUGGACAUUCUGGCCACCACUUCGCUGGAGAAGCGGCUGAGAGCCAUCGAAAAGACCCUCGACUUGCUGCACGAUCUCAGCCAUCCGCAGCAGGAGCCGCACCACCACCACCAUCACCACCAUCAGCAGGCGCCACAGUCGCCCCAGCAGCCGCACGACCUGAGUGGCCUGGAUCUGGACUGCGAGGAGCAGGACACGGCCUCAGCAGCAGCGGACGAGUGCUGCCUCUAUGCGGAGGCCGCCGGCACUGAACCUCACACAGACGAAGAGCUGCUCCUCUAGGGCAGUCGAAAUCAAUGGAUAUAUAAGCUUAGCAGUAAGAUAUGUAUGUAUUUAGUUAUAGGAAGAAUGAAGAGGUAGUAGAAGCGAGAGGAACAUUGUAAAUACAUACAUCGUGUGUCUAAAGCCAUUUCGUCGUUACAUGUUAAUCCUAGGGGCCAAAACCGAAAGCGAGACAACUUUAGAAGAACCAAAAUUAUCACUAGAUCAGCAACAUAAUCGAUAGAUGUAUAGAUCCUAUUAAUGUAUGAUGUGUACACAACAAGUCUAUAUAGAAACCCUGAGCCCCUGAACACCAACAACCCCAAGAAACCAGUGAAACAAUCAAGAGUUUGCUUUUCGCCUAAACCCAUAGCCCCUUCCGCCAACAGGUCCACCCCCUGAACGUACUCUUCGAACCACAGCAACAACAAAAACCACAUUCCACAAGUCUUUCAGAUACGUUUGCCAUAGCAAGAGACACAAGCAUACAAGUCGAAGAUCUAAUGUGUAUUGUAGUGUGUAAUCUUUAACGAACAAAACUCAUGGUUUCUACAAACAAAAUACACAAAUUUUAACUAAAUACUAAAUGAAUACUAAAUAUUUAAAAAACCAACAAUUCAAAGGCCAACAAACAUACACAGAAAACAAAAAACAACAAGAAGAACAACCAACAACCAAGAAACAUUGGAAAAACUUCAACGUUCGAGAAUCGUCAACUUCUUUCUUCAUUUACUUUUUGUAAAAAGCGGCUGGAACUCUAAGACAAUCUGCAAUAUUUUUUUGAUAUACCUAAAAACAAAAACAAAACUAGGAAACUAAAAUUUAAAAA